GAGGAGGACUGGGUGGGAACAACAACAACAGCGGCGGCAGGGCGCGUUGCUGGCCCGGUCCAUGCCGGUUAGCUUCACCGGUGCAGUUCAGUCCAGCUCGGAAGCCCACCCGAUGGCCGACGAGGAUCCCCAGCAGCCGGAGCCCGGAGCGGGGGGCCUGCUGCCCGGGCUGCAGGCCGGGCUGCAGGGCGCUGAGGCCGGGGCGCUGCAGCUCAGGAUCAGGAACUCCAUCUGCAAAUCUGUUCAAUCAAAAGUGGAAAACAUUCUGCAAGAUGUGGAGAAGUUCUCGGACAUCGAAAAGCUCUACCUCUACCUCCAGUUGCCUUCUGGUCCAAACAGCACCGCAGAGAAAAGUGACCAGAGCGCCCUGUUGUCGAGCCGCACGCAGCAGACGCAUGCGUUCAACUGGAUCCGGGAUCAUUUAGAGGAAUACCCGGAGACCUCUCUUCCCAAGCAGGAGGUCUACGAUGAAUACAAGAGCUUCUGUGACAAUCUGAACUACCACUCGCUCAGCGCUGCGGACUUCGGAAAGAUGAUGAAAAACGUCUUCCCGAACAUGAAGGCUCGCCGGCUCGGCAUGCGAGGGAAAUCCAAAUAUUGCUACAGUGGACUUAGAAAGAGACCAUAUGUUCACAUGCCGUCUUUACCAACCCUGGAUCUUCAUAAAACACCAGAUGGCCUCCACUGUGAUGUGCUGGACUCGCCCUGCCAGCUGAGCAGCAUCAAGGAGGAAGUGCGGUUUGCAGCCUGUGAUCUUGUGUGCGAAUGGGCCCAAAAGGUGCUGAAACGACAGUUUGAUGCCGUCGAAGACUUGGCUCGCUUCCUGAUCGACAGCCACUACAUCAGCAACAAGUCGCUGGCCGCUCUCACCAUAAUGACCAGCACAACAGAGGCCAAACCACCUCAGACCAUUUCAGCCUUCGUUCCCACGUCAGAGGCUCAUCCCUUUCAGCCUCAGGUGACGAUGUUUUCGUCACCGUGUGUGGAUGCAAAGCAGCAGCUGCAGAGGAAGAUUCAGAGGAAGCAACAGGAGCAGAAGCUGCACUCUCCUCUACCUGGAGACGGUCCGACUAAGAGGGUAGAGGACGUCGUGCCUUGCAGCAGCCCCACCACUCCCUCGCCACAACCAACUAUUGGCAUUGUGGUCGCAGCUGUCCCGAGCCCCAUCACGGUGCAGAAGAACAGCCAGCUGAUGUCAGCGAGUCCUGUGGGAGCAGUGGAGAGCAAAGUUCUGCCUUUUAACUUCCAAAUGGUGUCGCAGCCACUUCAAGCUGUCAAACAGGGUCCCAAACCGGUCCAAACCAUUCUGACCAGUCCAGUGGGUGAGCGCACAGCUCGGCAGCGCUACGCUCAGAUCCUGCCCAAACCUUCGGUCACCUCUGCGAUCACCCUGCGCUCGCCCUCAACCAUGAUCAUCACCAACAGUCCCAUCAAGACUGUGAUGACUACAUGUCAUGUUAGCCCAGUGAGUUUGGUUAAGAUGGCAGCGAUAUCACUGGCUCCUACGAGCAGGGAAACCACAACUCUUACAAACGCCACUCUGCAGCCCACAUCUGCAGGCAUCACAUCUGCUGUGCCCAUUGUGGCGCCGGUGGCCGAGCCCGGGCCGAUCAUCGACCCUCAGGGCAUGGAUGUUGAGAUGGAAGUUGAAGCUAUACAUAAGAGCAGCCAGAUGCAAAAUUCCAGCAGUCGAGUUCUGACCCAAGGAGCAAAUAGGGCUAUAGGUGCAGUACAGAGAGCUGCCAGCGUGCCCAUACCUCAAACUAAAGGCUUCCUUGGUCUGGAGGAAAUAUCUAACAGUAGCAGCAGUGGAAGGUCUUCAUCAGGCACCAACACUGUGGCUCAAAGCAGCAAUAACAGCUCAACUAAAACAAGCACUUUGCACUUAUCUUCUCCCACUCAGAACACCAGCACUGUUCCUUCAGGAAACACCAGCAGACUAUCAUCGUUUGAAGGCCUCCAAGCAGAGCAACGUUUCUUAUCAACGAAGAGCCCCAGGAAACGCUCAGGCCUCAGUCCAGACCUUUCCCCACUCAAAAGGGUUUUUAUACCGCAGCAGCCAGUAGAUGGCGCUCUUCAGUACAGUUUCAAAAGCAUGGCUGGUUCUGUCUCCAGCUCAGGUGCAACAGGUAGACCUGAAAGUGCACCAGUCAUGCAGAAUGUAGACAUGAAAAUGAGCUCCGUCUUAUCCGCUCAAGUUGACACACAAAGCACUUCCUCUGUCAGAGCUAGCUGCUUUGACCCUGUUGCCAAAACACAUAGCUCAACGCUGAGGAGCAACACUUCCAUUGUUAUGGAAACUGGCACAUCAGUCGGUGACGUAUCCGUACAAGAACAGCCAGCGCACACAAUGGGUAACGUGUAUGUCGCUGACGCUGGUUUUCAGAGACGCACAUGUUCACACUCAAUCACAGGAAACCUGGAAGGAGGUCAACACCAGACAUACGCUCAGUGUGAUCCUGCCAACGACGCCCUGCAGUUUUUAAACCAAGCGUCAUCCAGUCAGCUCGCGGCACAGAAACACAUGGACUACUUUUCCUUCGAUGACGAUGUGACUCAGGACAGCAUUGUGGAGGAGCUGGUUCAGAUGGAGGAGCAGAUGAAGCUUAAACAGCUGCAGCAGUUUGGAAACUGUGGCACCCUUCAAGGCCAGCACGCUCUGAUGCCAGACAACAUAACAUCCACCAAUCAGGCCACGACUGCCUUCUAUCAUGCUGCGAGCAACAGCAGCCACCUGAUCCACACCCCCACACCCACAUCAGAGAUGAUGGGAGGAGUCCAAAACUUUACCAAUGAGAGCCCCUGCUCUCAUAUUGCCUCCACGACCCCAGUGGACAGCGCUCUGGGAAGCAGCCGACACACCCCAGUGGGAAACCCUCACUCCAGCUGCAGCAGCAACAUUCCUCCGAGUCCGGUGGAGUGCAGGAACCCUUUUGCGUUCAUGCCCAUUAACUCCAGCAUGACGUGCUUCCACGAAAACACCGCCAUCUCCCGCAGCCCGGUCAAACCCAUGCAGAGGCCGAUGGCCACCCACCCGGACAAGGCGAGGCUGGAGUGGAUGAGUAACAGCUACAGCAGCAGCACUGGUGGCGGUGGGACCAUAAACAAGUCAAACAGCGGAGUGGGAAUUCUCACCGGAUACCAAGGCCUGAUAGACGAGCAUUUUCAGAAGCCUCAUGCCUUUGCUGUUCCUCAUGCACGCCACCACGACAGCCACUGUGGCCGCUUGACCCCCAUCUCCCCCGUGCAGCUGCAGGUAGCUAGCAUGUCCAACAAGCAGGAGGGUUUUGCUGUGCCAGCUCCUCUGGAUAAUAAAACCUCCAGCACAUCCGCUGCAGCUUUCCGAUGUCGCAGCGUGAGCCCAGCAGUGCAUCAGAAGAAUCUAAGCGGGAACAGCGCUCUCCCCAACGUCCCGCGCUCAGUGGUGUCUCCCUUCAGUUCUCCUAUGAUGCCAGAAGCGCUAAACAUGUUUUCUAACAGCAAGACAAAUCCCGAGGCCAGCAGCAUGGCUCAGAGGAGCCGCUCGGUGCCGCUCAACGUCAUGAUGCAAUCUGAAGUCCUGCCUGCACCGAACCACCCGUGCAGCAGCCAAAACAUCACCAGUGUCCUACUUAACAAGCUGGAAGGGGACAACGGUGACUCGAUGCGAGGUUUAGGCAUACAUAAUUUACCUUCCACCUACACGGCACGGAUGAACCUCACCCAAAUCCUGGAGUCCAAGCCCAGCCUCCCCUGCUCUGAUAACCAGAUGAACCUGAUGACGCCCAACUCUGCAAGCAGCUGUACCUCACAGAGGCCAAAUUACAUCUUAGAAAGUACCGUUAAUAAAGACAUGAUUCUCUCAGCAGGCAACAGCCAUGCAGCCUCUGGAGAGCAGCAUCAGUCUUUAAUGUUAGCUUUGAGCUCGCAGCAGCAGAUAGAUUUCGGCAGCGCACGGCACCUCCUGACAGACGGCAGCCUCGCUGCAGGAAGUCACCUCCUGGAUCAGGUAUCUGAGCUGACUGCUGGAGGGCCUGAUUUCCCCUGUGAAAUCAGAAUGACAUCGGAGCUUUCCAGCAGCAUCAAUGACCUGAACGCGCUGGACACAAACCUGCUGUUUGACCCCAACCAGCAGCAAAGCAAGUUUGAAAACGCUGCAGCGGAGGAGCUGUUCCAGCAAAUGAGCGAGACGCCACAUUCAGGCGGACUCGAAUGGUUAGAAAGCAAGGAUCACCCAGCUGUUGGGUUAAUGGGCUGA